AUGGUCGACGAAAAACCAGCAAGCACGAGACCAUUCAGCGUCAAGAUAGAGGUAAGUGAGAUUACAUUUAAUCUUCAUUUUACAUGUCUAUUCUAUCUGGAUCAAAGUUUUUUUUGAAAAGUAUGUUUAAGAAGCAGCAAGCGUGAGAUACCGCAAAGCCAACUUUAAAUUUUUGAUGACCUUAACCACAGGCAGCCCAGACUCUGUGGGAGUUCGUUGAGACUUUGAAUGUAUACUAGAAUGUAUGAAAAUAAACAAACUAUGUCCUGAAUUUAAAUUUUUUUACAAAAAUAGAAUUAAAAAUUACUCGCCUUGUGAUUUUGUGUUGCUUUUUACUGUCUCUUCACUUCUAGAGCUAUUUGGAAGCUGUUUUAUCGACGUUUAAGAUUUUGAGUUGCACUAACUCAAAAUCUUAAACGUCUUAAAUGGCUUCCAAAUAGUUCUUGAAGUGAAGAGACAGUAAAAAACAAAACAAAAACCCAGGGUGAGUCAUUUUCAUUUCUAUAUUUUUGGUCAAAAAUGGAAGUUAGCACAUAUUUUGUUUAUUUUGACAUUAUUAUUCUCUUGUGUAAAUUCAAAGUCCCAACAAACUCCCACCGAGUUUGGGCCACCUGUGCCUUAACCAGAACUUAAAGAAGUCAUAUUAUUAAGUACAUAGUCAGAAAUGUCCAUAUUGAAUGUUUGUUGCAAGAAAAAAAGAGUCUGUAGUGAUACAAUGUACAUUGCGGUUCAAUUUUAUCCUUAGUUGGUCUUGGUUCAGUUGGUACAGCUACAUGUACAGGCGCGGAUCCACACCGGUUUCCACCGUUUUAUGGAAAUUGGUCAGAUUUUUCAUAAUAAACAUAUCUUUAAUAUAAUAAUAGAACUUUCCAUUUUUAAGUCUGGAAAAUGGUGUGGACAAUGUUUUCUUUUUCCAAUAUCCAGGCAUUUGAUGCCCCCUCAAUGAAUCGUGAAACCCGGGAAAGGGAACUUUGGGGAGUUAAUAUCCAAAAAAAUUCCCAGGGAAGCAUGCCCCCGGGCUCCCUAAGAAGCUCGCUCCCUUGGCCCCUGGUUUAGGAAAUCAGUCAGUAUAUACCCUAGAUCCAUGCCUGAUGUACAUGUAGACCGGCCAACCCCUGAUAAAGGAAAAUGUGGAGACUCAUGAAAGAAAAAUUAAUCUGGAGAUUCUACAUGAAGUGGAAAGAUUCUAUUUUUUCUAUAUCAAGAUUUAAACAAACCUUUUUUCAUUGGGUAUUGAUUUAAGCAUUUAUUUAAAUAUUCCCUUGCUAUAUUUGUAAUGUAAUGUUUACUGCAGUGAAUGUGAAGGGGAGCAACUUUAAUAAGAGUAACAAGGAUUGAUAAAGAAAAAUUUCAUAAUGAUAAUAAUAAUUAUUAUCAUUUAUGAAAUUUUUCUUUAUCAAUCCUUGUUAAUCUUACGUGUAUUAAAGUUGCUCCCCUUAGUUACGAAAACCCUGAACACUCAGACACUCCAAAGCAAGCUAGAAACACCUUUAAAACAACAACAACUAAAGAACAUUAACAACAGAAAUAACCUGUACAAUAUUUGGCAGAUUGGGGCUAAUUAUUUCUUUUUGUCUCUAAUGUCAUUCUAAUUUUCCGACUCUUUAGGGGCUUUUAGGGGUAUGCUGGAUUCUAUCGUUCCUUUUCUUAGUACAUGUCCUGUUUUUUCUCUCUCUCCAUCUUUAUUUUGACUUUUAAGGAAAAACAUGGGAGCUGCAUGAUUUCUAAUAAUAAUGUCUGUGGGGAAAUUCUCCAUUUUAAUGUCUUUUAUCUUGCAAAGACAAAAAACAGUGCAGAAACGUUUCCUUAGAAAGGCAGGAGUAAGCUGAAAGCCAACUGGUGAGAACCCCGCUGGUCUCAUACAUGUGCAUUGUAUUUCAAAAGAAAACCACUUGCCAAAAUUCAGAUUUAGAUUUAUUAUUUUGAUAUAUAAAUCCACUCAAAAUCUAUUUUUGGAUUCAGAGAUCCAUAUUAUUUUCCUUUUCUUGAAGAAACAAUUGAACCUUUAAUAGUUGAGCAAAACAACUCUGUACAUGCAUCACAAUUCUGGACCACUGGCUUCUCUGUUUGAAAAAAAAAAAUACCAAUCUAAAACUUUUCAUAAACAUUGUUAACAACUUGGAGUUUCAGAUCCUGAAACAGAUUUCUGUUUACAAUUUAGAGAGAGUGGCAGUGAAAGCUUUUUAGAUGGAAAGUAACUUUUUAAUAUCCUGAAAAGAAGCAUUUAAACAAAACUGUUAGAAGUAACAGGUUUUCUUUUAUUUCAAUAAAAGUAAACAAAAUAAAAGAUUGUAAUAUUAUGUCCAAGAGUUAACUCAAGCCCUUACAUUUAUGUUCAAUGACUUAAAUGACCUCUUUCCCCUCCUUAAGGGUUCAACCCCCCCUCCCCAGACCACCUGGUCUCUAUAAUUAAGGUGGCUCGAUUUCAAGGUAAAUACUGUACCUCCCAAGUUUGAACAUAAACUACGUGGCCAUAAUCAAAGACUUGGAUAAUUCCACCACAGUUGUAGUAAAUGAAGAUAAAAAUUUGUGAUGAUCAGGGUUGCUAUUCCUGAUCCAAACUGAAGCAACUAAAACCUUAUUAAACCUUCAUUUAGCUGCUAUCAAAAAGGUUCACGCUUUAAAAGACAACUUUUGGUCAACGAAUUCCCUAGAUAUAGACUGCUUCAGAGGUCAAAUGCCGUUGGAGGAAAAAAACCACAGGAAAUCAAUGCACAGGAAACACAUUGUCCUCAUGAUCAUGACCCCUUGGUCGGCAAAGACAACAUUUGCUCAAAACGAAGAUCCUCCACGGCAUACUUUACCCUCUUUUCUAAGGGGCCAGUUUUCAGUGAUCAAGCACUCUUUUGAUGUUGAGCUCAGAUGGAUCAGGGAGUUUGCACUGCGUGACAAAAGGCAAUAUUGUCUGAUGUGCUGUUGUUGUAUAGCCAAUUUCCUGUUGUGAAAAGACAUUAGCUUUAGCCCUUUUGUGAACUAAGGAUAGCAGAUGUGUCUUAAUUUUUGAGUUCUUUCCCUCAAAAGAUGUCUUUCAAGGAGGUUGUUCAACCGCAAAUUUUAUGGUGGAAUAGAGCCUGUUAGCUUGCUCAAUUUUAUUUCAAGUCCACGACUUUCCCUUUUAUUGGAGAGACCCAGGAUUUACAUUAAAAUUUGAUUGACGUGUUAUCAGCUCUCAGCCAAUCAGAAACUCCCAUAUGCCUGGUUGUCAGACUAUUCAAAAUACCCCAAGAAUUGGGGCAGGGUGAUUUCAAUUUGACUUGCUCCCAAUCUGCAUGUGGCUCUGCUGCCAAAAAACUACGCAUGUACAGCACUUGACAACUAAUCGCGCUAGCUACAAAGGCUACUCCUUUGUUUCAGUCUUAGAUUAAUGUGGAAAAGUGCAAAUGCAGAAAGCUAGAGAGGCAGUGGCAUACCUCUGUACCUCUUGUUUGCUUGUAGAUCUCAAGGCAUAUGUUAAUCAGUGCAAAACUGUGAAUGUUUUAAUUUACCAGUCGAAGGUGGAAUACUGGUGGAACAGUUCCAGUCUGCUUGUAAACCCAGUCACAGUAUGGAAGAAACACUUGAAUGGUUCAAGAUGAUAUUUUGCAAGCCAUUGACCAUGAUCAGUGUGUAAUAUUACUGAAUCUCAAUUGAUAUAGUUGAUCAUCGCAUUUUGCUUGCUAGAAUCACCGAAUGAUUUGGCAUUGAUGUCAAGGAUCGUGACUGGUUUAAGUCAUAGCUUAGUGAGCGAAUGCAGUUUGUUUCUAUUGGUAGUGCCUGCUCAUCCACUCUGCCAUUGAACUGUGGCAUUCCCCAGGGCUCUGCUUUGGAUCUGCUAUUAUACCUGUUUUUUGUGGAACCAUUGGUGACAUAAAACUAUAGGCUGAAGGCAUCACAAUGUUUCUUUUCACCUUUAUGCUGACAAUACUCUGCUUUAUGUAUCAUUUGAGUCAUCUGUUCUGGGUGACCUUUCCAUGGCCAGGGCACACUCCACAUUGGAAUCCUGUGCUCAUGAUACUGAUAAAUGUUUGUUAUACAUUAAUGAUGGUGAGACAGAGAUGCUGAUUAUCCAUGCUAAGGACCGUCCUGCUCUCCUCCUUGAUAAGCUUUAAGUGGCCACUGAACUGUUACCUCUUAGCUUCUGCAAAGAAUAUUGGAGUUGUUCUCAACUCGAUGCUUUCACUUGACAAUCACAUUACACAAAUUUGCAAAUCUUCUUUCUAUUCUACUUAGGAACAUUUUGGGUAUCGUGCAGAAAGUUUUUAAGUUUCCAGCAGGGAAUAUCCUUGUCUUUACACAUUUGUUACCUCAGAGCUUGAUAAUAUUGUGAUUCUUUGCUUCAUGGUCUCCCCAAGAACUAAUUACAGUGCCUGCAAUAUAUUUUGAAUUCUGCAGCUAGGCUCGUCACCAUGUCAGGAAAAUCAGAGUACGUUAUGCCACUGCUUUUUCAGUUACUUUGGCUGCCUGUUGAGAAGCAUAUUAAAUUUAUAGUGCUACUUUUUACUUAUAAGGCAAUGCAAGGAGUGGCUCCUAAGUACUUAAGUGAUCUCCUAUAAUAGCCUUACUCUCCAUUGCAUAGUUUGCCAUCUGCUUUGAAACUGUUGCUUUAAAGUCGCCCUCAGUUUAUCUUAGAACAUGUGAAUAUACAUGUAGAUCCUUUUCGGUUUGUGCACCAAGACUUUGUAAUUCCCCUCCUUUUUACAUUAAGUGAAGCCCUUCUAUUGAAAGGUUGAAGGCAUACAUGUAAUGAUGUUUUAAGAAAGAUUUUCAUUGAAUCAUUUAUCAAUUUUAGUAACUGUAGACUUUGCGAUGAUGUUUUUAGAUAGCUUUCAAUUUUAAGAUGUGAAGCACCUUGGGAUACCUGCAGAAAGGUGCUAUACAUGUAUGAAUUGAUGAUGAUGAUGAUUAUAAUUUUUGUUGUUGUUGUUUCCACAAGUUUUGUUACUCUAUUGUAAAAACAUCUCAUUAACCCAUUCGCUCCUGGAGAUUUUUCAGAAAAACCCGUUUUGAAGCUAGUUGAGUGGUUUUCUGGUCACUGUCGUGCUAUAAAGAGCUAAAACUUACCACAAACUGGUUUACAGGUCGAACACUUUGCGGCCUUCUGAUCCAGAUGCAAAAUAUCAGCUUGCGAAGUUCGGGCAUGCGCAGAAAGCAAAAUUUCGUUUUUGGGUUUAAAAGUGACACAGCAGUCUUAGCUUGACUUUUACUUUUCGCUUUUUCUCCUCCCUUCUUUUUUCGCUUUUCUUGCCUCAUCUUUUUUUUCUCUUGCUGGGCAUUUAGUAGGCUUCAUUUUGGUGGGAAGAGUUUUUAGGAAAGCUUUUAGGAUCUUAGGAUUAGGUGAAAGGAGAGGUAGGUGGGUAAUGGAACAAGAUUUUCAUGGAGAUUUUCAGGUCAAUGUCAGGUGGUUUUUUGCUUGUUUCUCCGGUGUCCUCGACUAAAUUGUGCUCAUUCUGGUAUGGUUUGAAAGAUCUCUUCACUAUGCACAAGUUAGCGAAGAAAGUUGUCCUUGACCGUUAAAACUGAUGACGUCACAAUGGGUAGAAAGGACCUGGAUCUGCACGGGCGGUUACGGGCGGUUCAGGGGUGAAUGGGUUAAAAUGCAAGUGUUUGAUCUCACUGAGAUGAACAACAUGUUUCAUCUCAGAUGAAAACCUAGUGGUGUUUUAUCUGGUGUUUGAUUUGGUAUUAAGAUUCAUCCACCUGACCCAAAUGGUCAUCAUUUAUUGGCUUCUGACUUCAUUCAUGAAUAAUUUUAAUUAUUCACCCAACUCUUAAACUCAUUAAAAAGAGUUUAAGAGGCGUGUUUUGUUCUCAUGGCUCAAUAAUUUAAUUUGCCUCAUAUAAAAAAUCCCUUUAACUUCGUCUGUUUCAUAAUAAUCACUUACCGUAUAUCUAUAUAAGCUCUUACUUUUUGUUCUUAGAUAUACAUGUAGCAGUUCUGCCGAGAAAAGCUUCUUGUAUCAUUUGAUAAACUACUGCACACAGACAACAGAACACUCAUACCUUGGGUGAGUAAUAGUACAGUUAAAAAUAUGACUGUUUUAAGGCUAUUUUCUAUCCAAGAAAUUUUUCAAUUUGGGGAAAUCAGUGGAGACCUGACCAACCUGUUUUCCUAUGAUCAUGCCCCACCCAGUUCUUCAAUAAAGGUAGAUAAAUAAUUAAAUAAAUGCUCUCCACCAAAUAAUUAACUCCAUCUAGUGUCUCACACAACUGGAUGCUAAUACAUGUAAUAUUCCACUAAAUAUGGAUUUAUUUGGUGGAUAUCUCUAUCCACCAUUUAUAUUUUGAACAACUGGAACCAGUUUCAUAAUUAUGUUGGCACUAAAAGGAAAUGCAUGACAGUGACCGACCCAUUGUUCAGUUACUGGUCAAAAAAUGACGGUUACACUUGAAACUCGUUUUAAUGAAGUGCCAAGGGACUGGGAAAAUGUGUUCAUUAUAUCGAGGGUUUGUUAUAUCGAACACCUCCAUUUAACAAUUUUUUGGGAAAACUGCCAAAAUGUUUGCUACAUCGAGGUAAAGACAGUUAAGUAACAAAACCCAGCAUUUCAGCCGGAUCGUAAAAAUAAUUAUGCUGUACAUAAUAAUAUUUAUUAGCUACAUGUAUACAUAGCUACGGCACUAGAAACUCAAGAACAGGCAAAGAAAACUGCUUAACGGUAAACAUAAAUUUUAUCUUAUCGGGUGGUAACCGGUAAAAUUUACCGCCUGAAGCAACACUUCUUGCCACCUGCAACAGUCUGGAGGUUUACUAAAAUUAAAGAAGUACUUUUAAAAAAUACACAGGUUGUGAUCCAAUCUGAUUCUCACAUGCUACAAGAAAAUGAAUGUAGAAAAGUACUAAACAACUUUGAAUGGUGGGGAGAAGGGAGCAGUGCAGAUCAUUUUUUUCUCCAAAGUUACCCCCAUUUGAGGCCAAGGUCUCAACAAUUUUGUCGCUGAUUAUAGAGUUGGCCCCUCGCAUUCGAGGUGUCCAUUUUACAUGCAGGAAGAAGUCCACCUUUCUUUUUCAGGAAAUGCCGCAUUAUAAUUAGCCAAAGGGGUCCCAAGGGCACAAAGAAGAAAAAGAACCUAGUACAAAACGUAUGUAAACAUACGUACAUAUACUUACAUUUCCUUAUAAUAUAAGCCAAAAUUUAAUUAGUAAUGCAGGCAUCUUUGGAAAACACCCAUCAUUAUGUAAAAAAUACGCAGUCUAAAACUGCAUGUGUCUACUACAGUAAAAGAACUGAAGAAAAGAAAAUAAGACUGAAAUGAAAACGAAGAGGGAGGAGUGGAAAUAGAAUAGGGAUAAAAAAGAAAACUUUGUUAAAAUGUUGCACAGAAUACUGGUGAGAAGAGAUUAAGCUGGUACCUUUUACCACAAAGAUAUUGUAUGAGGAGAACUAGCUGUAACUUUAUUCUAACGUAAACAACAUUUUAUAUGAUCUUACAACAUGAACCACAACUUUGUACUGAAAGCAACAAAAACACUCAACACGCUCAAUUAGAUGUCUUUGUUCAACAAAUACAGGACUUGUUAUGGCCUUAUUCGUAGUUUCCAAAAUGAGGUAGUCCAUUGUCUCCCGAAAAAAGUGAGUGCUAGGAACAAUACUGGAUUUAUUUGCCUCCCAAAGGCGAUUAUAAAUUUCUCCCCGAAAGGAAUUUUUGCUCUCCCGAAAGAGAUUAUUCGCUCCGUGAAGGGAAUUUUCGAUCUAUCGAAAGAGAUUAUUAGCUCCCCGUAGGGAAUUUGACCCUUGAUAAGGGUUACACAUGAUCCAGCGACGACCAAACGGACAUUGAAUGCAUUGAACUGCAGAGGAAACUGAAUGCUCAUGGACAUUGGCAUCAAAAUCCUUCGAAUGAAUGAUUCUUAUCGCCCCAAACUGUAAGAAAACCUGACAAACUCUUUAGAAAUGAAUACUUUACAAAUGCAUAGAAAGCUGUGCUCGGUUAUUGAUGCGAAAACAUUGUAGAAAAUAGAUUUAGACUCACCUUCAACAGGAAUAAAAUUUACCAAAUCUCAAAAAGCACAUGGUAAAGAUGUAGGGUUAACGUCGCAAUCGAUAUAACGCCGUCCAGCACACGUGGCUGCCGAAGUAUCGUCGAACCAUCUCGUAAAUACCUCGUAAUCCGUCUCGUAAAUGACAGUAACCGACCGAUUGAUGAUCAUAUCUCGGCUUCCGGAAAUACAAUCGCUUAGAUCCCGGUCAGCCUCGGAUUAGCGUUGGCUUUCGAUCGGAUUCCAUUUGGGAUUCCUGUGGCAUUUACACUCUUUCACUCGCUCUUUCACUCUAUCACUUGACCCGAUGACAUAGUGUUUAUGCUUCUCUAGAAGCCGUAGACACAAAAAGUAUGAGGCAUUUACUCUAACUCAGACCUGUGAGUUAAACAUUGAAAUAACUGUAUCUAAAAAUUGCAACCCUCUUUUCUCCCUCAUGAUCCCCUUUUAGCUCCUCUAUGGGUCCUGUGGACCCCAGUGUAAAAAAAACCUGGUAAGAACGCUGCAAAAGGAACCAACUCUAGGUGUUCACUUAAGGGAGGGGUCAACCUUAAAGAGAGUCAAAUAGAAUGACUGUGGUACAAUAGGAACCAACUCUAGGUGUUUACUUAAGGGAGGGGUCCAACUUAAAGAUAGUCAAAUAGAAUGACUGAGGUACAAUAGGAACCAACUCUAGGUGUUCACUUAAGGGAGGGGUCCAACUUAAAGACAGUCAAAUAGAAUGACUGAGGUACAAUAGGAACCAACUCUAGGUGUUCACUUAAGGGAGGGGUCCAACUUAAAGACAGUCAAAUAGAAUGACUGAGGUACAAUAGGAACCAACUCUAGGUGUUUACUUAAGGGAGGGGUCCAACUUAAAGACAGUCAAAUAGAAUGACUGAGGUACAAUAGGAACCAACUCUAGGUGUUCACUUAAGGGAGGGGUCCAACUUAAAGACAGUCAAAUAGAAUGACUGAGGUACAAUAGGAACCAACUCUAGGUGUUCACUUAAGGGAGGGGUCCAACUUAAAGAUAGUCAAAUAGAAUGACUGAGGUACAAUAGGAACCAACUCUAGGUGUUCACUUAAGGGAGGGGUCCAACUUAAAGACAGUCAAAUAGAAUGACUGAGGUACAAUAGGAACCAACUCUAGGUGUUUACUUAAGGGAGGGGUCCAACUUAAAGACAGUCAAAUAGAAUGACUGAGGUACAAUAGGAACCAACUCUAGGUGUUCACUUAAGGGAGGGGUCCAACUUAAAGACAGUCAAAUAGAAUGACUGAGGUACAAUAGGAACCAACUCUAGGUGUUUACUUAAGGGAGGGGUCCAACUUAAAGACUGUCAAAUAGAAUGACUGAGGUACAAUAGGAACCAAAUCUAGGUGUUCACUUAAGGGAGGGGUCCAACUUAAAGACAGUCAAAUAGAAUGACUGAGGUACAAUAGGAACCAACUCUAGGUGUUUACUUAAGGGAGGGGUCCAACUUAAAGACAGUCAAAUAGAAUGACUGAGGAACAAUAGGAACCAACUCUAGGUGUUCACUUAAGGGAGGGGUCCAACUUAAAGACAGUCAAAUAGAAUGACUGAGGUACAAUAGGAACCAACUCUAGGUGUUCACUUAAGGGAGGGGUCCAACUUAAAGACAGUCAAAUAGAAUGACUGAGGUACAAUAGGAACCAACUCUAGGUGUUCACUUAAGGGAGGGGUCCAACUUAAAGAUAGUCAAAUAGAAUGACUGAGGUACAAUAGGAACCAACUCUAGGUGUUCACUUAAGGGAGGGGUCCAACUUAAAGACAGUCAAAUAGAAUGACUGAGGUACAAUAGGAACCAACUCUAGGUGUUCACUUAAGGGAGGGGUCCAACUUAAAGACAGUCAAAUAGAAUGACUGAGGAACAAUAGGAACCAACUCUAGGUGUUCACUUAAGGGAGGGGUCCAACUUAAAGACAGUCAAAUAGAAUGACUGAGGUACAAUAGGAACCAACUCUAGGUGUUCACUUAAGGGAGGGGUCCAACUUAAAGACAGUCAAAUAGAAUGACUGAGGUACAAUAGGAACCAACUCUAGGUGUUCACUUAAGGGAGGGGUCCAACUUAAAGACAGUCAAAUAGAAUGACUGAGGUACAAUAGGAACCAACUCUAGGUGUUCACUUAAGGGAGGGGUCCAACUUAAAGAUAGUCAAAUAGAAUGACUGAGGUACAAUAGGAACCAACUCUAGGUGUUCACUUAAGGGAGGGGUCCAACUUAAAGACAGUCAAAUAGAAUGACUGAGGUAUAAUAGGAACCAACUCUACUGUAGAUGUUCACUUAAGGGAGGGGUCCAACUUAAAGAUAGUCAAAUAGAACGACUGAGGUACAAUAGGAACCAACUCUAGGUGUUUGCUUAAGGGAGGGGUCAGCCUUAAAGAUAUCAAAUACAAUGACUGAGGAACAGUAAGAACCUUUUCUAGGUGCUCAGUUAAGGGAGAAUCCAACUUACAAUGUAAAGAUAGUUAAAUAGAACGACUGAGGAUCAGUCGAAACCAACUCUAAGUGUUCCCUUAAGGGAGGGCUCCAACGUAAAGAUAGUCAAAUAGGAUGUCUGAGGAACAGUAGGAACUAACUGUAGGUGUUAACUUAAGGGAGGGGUCCAUUACAGAUAGUCAAAUAGAAUGACUGAGGAACAGUAGGAACCAGCUCAAGGUGUUCACUUAAGGGAGGGGUCCAACUUAAAGAUAGUCAAAUAGAAUGACUCAGGUACAGUAGGAACCAACUCUAGGUGUUCACUUAAGGGAGGGGUCCAACUUAAAGAUAGUCAAAUAGAAUGACUGAGGAACAGUAGGAACCAGCUCAAGGUGUUCACUUAAGGGAGGGGUCCAACUUAAAGAUAGUCAAAUAGAAUGACUGAGGAACAGUAGGAACCAACUCUAGGUGUUCACUUAAAGGAGCUCUGUCACGAAACUCUCGGCAAAUUAGGUAAUAACAAAAUGCCCGAUAAAUUAAGAGAAACUUAAAAAUAACCGCUUAAAAUAUUAAAGGAAGGUUAAAAUAACACAACAGAAACAACAGAUUCCACGGUUGGGCAAAACUGAAGAAGACUGAAAUGGAUUGAAAUUAGGGUUUUUGAAAACUGUUCAGCCUAACAGUUUUUCAAAGUUGAUCCCUGCUGCUUGCAACUUCAAAAAUAAUGCGCAGGAAACAUAUUCGUUUGUCUUGGAUCUCUCAUUUUGUCAUUUACAUGUAAUUUCUUUGCUUAUUUUAAUUUCCAUAGCGAUUGAGGGCUAGUAAUUGGCAAAAUUAAACAAAAUGAACUGGACUGCCGUGACACAGCCCCUUUAAGGGAGGGGUCCAAAUUAAAGACAGUCAAAUAGAAUGACUAAGGAACAGUAGGAACCAACUCUAGGUGUUCGCUAAAGGGAGGGGUCCAAAUUAAAGAUAGUCAAAUAGAAUGACUGAGGAACAGUAGGAACCAACUCUAGGUGUUCACUUAAGAGAGGGGUCCAAAUUAAAGACAGUCAAAUAGAAUGACUAAGGAUCAGUAGGGACCAACGCUAGGUGUUCACGUUCCAUCGUAGAAGAAACAGGCCCAGUUUUAGGAGAGAUUAUCUCAAAGACCUCAAAUUUUAAAGAACGCACAAAAUUUCUUAGUAGAAUGAGAAUCAUUGUUUCUCGAAAGUUUUGAAGGAUCACGCACUCAGUUUCAGAGAUUAGUCAUGUUAGGGACGGACGUCUUUGUUACAGCUGAUCGUGAAACUUGAUCCUCGACUUGAUUCUCGAUAGCUUAAUUGUUCUCGAUUCUUGAUUCGCGCAGGAAUCAAGAAUCGCAAAUCCAGUCCAGAAUUGAGACUCACAAUAGACGACUGUCAACUUACUUUUAAAUGGUACUGUAAGGGAGGGGUCCAACUUAAAGAUAGUCAAAUAGAAUGACUGAGGAACAGUAGGAACCAAUUCUAGGUGCUCACUUAAGGGAGGGGUCCAACUUAAAGAUAGUCAAAUAGAAUGACUGAGGUACAGUAGGAACCAAGUCUAGGUUUUCACUUAAGGGAGGGAUCCACCUUAAAGAUAGUCAAAUAGAAUGACAGAGGAAAUAAUCAAUCCUUUUCUCUGGGUGACAGAUAGGAGGCCAUUUCUUUGCACAUAGUUUAAGGUUUGCAAAAGGCAGAGAUGAAUUUUCGGGAAGAAUCUGUCAUCAUAAAGAUCAUUUAUUGGUGUGACUGCUGAAGUAUAAAUUUUUUUUUGAGAUUUUGUUGUCUUUUUUAACGACACUAUUAUCAUUCUGACGGCUGUACAUGUAAGCUUUUGAUAGGUUUUUGUUUUUAUUAAAGUGCAGGUGUUCAAGGUUAAGGAAAUAUUUUGUAUAUUUUCCCCUGUCAAUGUACCAAUGGGCUGUCAAAAAUAUUAUCGUACCUUUCGCUUUGUAUUUGAAGAUUCUUUCUUGUUGUAGUUUUCUAGUGGCUAGCUCAUCCAGUAUUUGAUUCUGUACUGUUUCCAAUAAAUUAAUUUAUUGUCCCCAUCUAGUCUUUUAUCAAGGGAUGCAAUGUCGUUUUUGUAGCAAUUUUCCUGGGAUUUUAUUGUAGCAUUUGUUUAUUAUUAUGAUAUUUUAUUAUUAUUGUUGUUGUUUCCAUGAGUAAGGAACCAUUAAAAUGCAAUUGUUGAAAAAUAAAAUCUUUAUUACAAAACCUCAAUUAAAAUCCUAUUUACAAUCAACCUGCUAUUACAAAAGAUCUAAUUAAUUCAUCGAAACACUAUCUACAAUUCCUUCAUUAGAGAUAAAAAAGAAUCCUAUAUGUAAUAAGUGAAGAAAGAAAAAAAACUGUUCAUUUACAAAUUCUAAAAAAUAGAAGUAACUUAACCUUACAUAAGAGAAGAGGAAAUAGAUAUAAUCAAUAAUAAAAGUUCGAAAUUCUAUAAAAUUAAGAAUUCCAUUAUGCAGAGAUAUUAAGAUCGUACUAUCGAAUUAUACUAAUGACGGCUAAACCAGUGUCCAUAAAAAGCCCUAAGUAAAAGCAUAUAGGCACGUUCAGAUAUCCGCACUAGCGGCAUUUAUUUUACAGUCUAAUGAUUGCUCUAUCUUGCUACGAAACGGCGUUCGAGAACCUCUGACGCAUGCAUGUACCGAUCUUAAGAGUUCAAACGAGACCUGUGUCAAGAGCCAAGUGAUUACAACAUGAUAAGGCUCGGUGUCUUUCUGAGCUAUCUUGUCUGCGAGAUGCUUUAAGAACCGCUGACACUCGUUUCCCAUUCCGCCACUGGUUCCAAACACUAAAGGCGUAAACGAACCCAUUUCUACAUCUAACACCCGCUGCUGGUACUUGCGCUUCUUCUCUUCUUCUUGCUCUUUGAACACUUCCGAUGUUGGCUUGCUCUGGUAACAUUUGGAGUUGACGUGCGUAACUCUAACAUCAAAAAAAGCCGUAACUCCUCUUGCCCAGAAACCUCCCGCUUUGAUGUCCAACCUUGCCUCAGAACUUGUAACAGCGCUCCUCAAAUGAAAUCGCUCGUUGUCCAGGGGUUGAAGGCGUGGUUCGAUUUCGACAUUAUUGCAGAUCUUGUCGAUGAAUGUCGUUAACAAGUUCCGUACACCAUCAUGUCUCUGCGCUACAAACCCCCCUUUUUACAAGAGAGGGCGUGACUAACGGUGAAUUUAUCCCCACAUAUGCAAUGACUUGGUAAAUCGACUAAGGGCAAGUCAUAUCGCAAGCGUAGCGAGUCUCUGAACUCUUGCUUGUUGAGGGCUAAACCUUUGUCUGCGAGAGGCAUCGCAUUCAGCCAAGAACUUGCGCCCUUGUCCCUCGAUUGAUUAACCAGACGCAGCAGGCCUGGGGAGAGGCUUGAAUCAAUGCUAUCCAUUUUCUCUUUGGCACUUGCUCUCUUAAGUGAUUGUUGAUGUCUCUUUAGCUCCUCCGUAGAUCUUUCUCCUGGCACCAUGAUGGAACUCUGUGAAGUAAUAGAAUCUACGUGCGCGGUGGUUAUUAGUCUCGAGGCAGCAAACUGCUGCGGUGCCUCGGAUUUCAGAUCAGGAAUGCCUAGACCCCCUUGACCUGUUGCUAAGGUAGCAAGUCUGCGCACCUCGUUAGGGAGAGGCUCUGAUUGACCGAACAAAGUUGGGAGUAGUAAAUCUUCAAUCACUUCCUGGAUUGGAUCGACAUAAACUUCAAACGAUUCAAUCGUGCGCAUGAAGUAGGUGAACUUCGACUUGUAGCCUUUUGUAAAAGCAAUAUAAGCCGCAUGGGGCUGGCUUUUCGCUAUUUCAGAGAGACGUUCGAUUUCCUCUUUCCAUGCACGAACCUUCGCCUCACAAUACUGAUCUUUGUAUUCUUGCGACGCAAUAACUGCUCCCAGAUGGCGCUGACCUUCAGUCGUUAUGUUGACUUCCUCUCCAAACACCCUCUUUGCUUCCUCCGCGAUUUCCCUAGACUUCACAAUAAGCCAGCUCUUUGUUCCAUUCACAAGGUAACCAAACUUUUGACCUUCCUUGCUCAAUUGCCUGUACCAGUUGUAUAACUGCACUAUACUCCCUCCUCCAGCUGAGUCGUCUGCAAGCCACACCUGUUUAACCAAUGGGCAAUGAUCCCUCAAAUUCUGUAUCAUUAUGGAUGUAUUAAGUGCAUACCAUGGCAUCGCUAGCGGAUCUCCUUGUGUGGUGCCUUCUCGAGAAAGUAUUUCACCUCCCCCACAAAUUGAUUCAUCUUGUCAGUCCAUUUUAGCCUUCCUGGUUUUCCAGCGAGCGACCGACCUGCAGCCGCCGCCUCCGCCAUACUGACAGAUGAAAAACAUACUGACAGAUGAAAAACAUGUUUCAUCUCAAAAAAACCUAGUGGCGUUUUAUCAGGUGUUUCAUUUGGUAUCAAGAUUCAUCCCUCUGAUCCAAAUGGUCAUCAUUUAUUGGCUUCUGACUGAAUCAAUAAUUGAUGAGUUUGAGAAUAAUAAAGUAAAGUUGGGUUUUGUUCUCGUUGCUCAAAAAUUUAAUUUGCAACCUGCAAACUGUUCCUACUCUAAACUGUUACUUUUUGUCUUUAAUUUAUAGCAGUCCAGCCGAGAAAUGAUUCUUGUAUCGUUGGAUAAAGUACUACACAGAGACAACAAGUCUCUCAUACCUCUGGUGAGUAAUAGUACAUUAAAGAGUAAUGUUUUAAGACUAUUUUCAAUCCUAGAAAUUAAGGUUUUCAGGAAAUCAGUGGAUCAUGCCCCAGUUCUUCAAAAGGCAGAUAACGAUAUCCACCAGAUAUUAAAUAAUUACCUCCAUCUAGUGGUUCACACAACUGGAUGCUAAUACAAGUAAUGUUCGACUGGAUAUGGAUUUAUUUGGUGGAUAUCUCUAUCCACCACUUACACUUGGAACAACUGGAACCAGUUCAUAAUUGUGUUGGCACUAAAAGGAUAUGCAUGUUAUGCAUAUAGGAUAUGCAUGCAUUGUUGUUGUUGUUGGUGGUGUUGUUAUUAGUACUGAAAGGAUAUGCGUAACAAACCCAUUGAUCAGUUACUGACUGGUCAUAAGUUGACAAAAAAUGACGGUAAACUCUCUCUUAGGACACCUGUAAGACAGACAACUCCCAAAAACGGACACAAACUUUUAUAUUACAGGAGAGUACUGGUCCCUACUGUUCCUCAGUCAUUCUAUUUGACUAUCUUUAAGGUGGAUUUUUUGGGGAAAUUCAGAUAACAGAAGGAUUGUAUUCAAUCCUGCUAAUCAAAAUGGGUUGUGGGCUAGUACAUGCUAGCUACAGCUUGCCCGAAUGGCACCCCUCCCUUAAUAGUGAACACCUAGAGUUUGUUCCUACUGUUCCUCAGUCAUUUUAUUUGACUGUCUUUAAAUUGGACCCCUCCAAUAAGUGAACACCUAGAGUUGGUUCCUAGUGUUCCUCAGUCAUUCUAUUUGACUAUCUUUAAGUUGGAUCCCUCCAAUAAGUGAGCACCUAGAGUUUGUUCUUACUGUUCCUCAGUCAUUCUAUUUGACUGUCUUUAAGUUGGACCCCUUCUUUAAGUUAACGCCUUGUUUUGGUCCCUACUGUUCCUCAGUCAUUCUACAUGUAUUUGACUAUCUUUAAGUUGGACCCCUCCCUUAAGUGAACACCUACAGUUGGUUCCUACUGUUCCUCAGUCAUUCUAUUUGACUAUCUUUAAGUUGGACCCCUCCAAUAAGUGAACACCUAGAGUUGGUCCCUACUUUUCCUUGGUCAUUCAAUUUGUCUGACUUGAAGUUGGAUCCCUUCCUUAAGUGAACACCUACAGUUGGUCCCUACUGUUCCUCAGUCAUUCUAUUUGACUAUCUUUAAGGUUGACCCCUUCCUUAAGUGAACACCUACAUGUAGCGUUGGUAUUUUCUUUUUUUGAGUCAUUCUCUUUAACUUUCCGUAGGCCAAAGCUCUUCCUGAAGUGGACACCCUAGAGUUGGUCCCUGCCACUCUUCAGGCCUUCUUUUUCAUUUUCUAUAAGGUGAACACCUCUUUAAAAUGCACACCAAGAGCUGGUCGCAGCUAUUUUCAGUCAUUCUCUUUAACUCUCUAGGCACAGCCCUCCCUCAAAUGUACACCUAGACCAGGGUGCUUACGAUUUACAUGAACCACCCGGGUGAAAAUCUUUUGCAUAAAAAUAAAUCGAUAGAAUCUGACGUAGUGGGGGAACGACCCAGUCCAAAGCAUAUCCAAAUCAUGUUCACCGACUCAAACGAGUAGAAAAUAUAUAAUUGCAUCGCCUCAAGUCCCAUCCGAUGUUUUCUAAAACUUCCCAAACGGAAUGGCGCGGACCUUUUGAUUUUCCAACCGGGAUUUCUCUCUUUCCCAUGUGAAUGGUAAGUGCCCUUGGAGUUGAUCUCUUCCAUUUCUUGAGUCAUUAUGUUCGAUUCUCUAUAAGACCACUUCCAUACACCCCAGCCUUCCUUUAAAUCCGAUGUUUCCUAUUAAUUUAUUUUAUUGGCGCCCUUAAAACUCCUAUAUUUCGUUUAAAUGCUAAUUAAGUACUUAGUUAAAAAGAAGAAAAAAGCGAAAACUGAGUGCACAGGCCUUCUACCUUGUCACCUGUGUUCUGAUGUUAUUUCUGGGAUUUUGUGAGGGUAGAAAAGGUGUAACAGAUGCCAGAGUUUGUCUCAGACCAUAAAAUGUCAUUUCUCACACCCGUUUUCAGGCCUGGCCUCUAGAAUCCAUACUCGUUUUCAGACCUGGUCUCUAAGAAAUUGGGUCAUUAUUACUCAGAUUAGAACAGCAACAAAAAAGAUUUCUUAAAAUCCAUUUCGAAUUCGCAUAUUUCUCUUUCUUUCUUACUCAUUUGGAGUGAAACGAUAAGUACGUUCAUACACUCCCGUAGUUCCCAAUUCCCUUGAAAAUCAUACUCGAUUCCAGACGAAAAUAGUUAAGGUGUAUACCCGUUUUCAGACCAAAACGGCACAAAAACCCUACCCUUGGGUGCGGCAGAUAUCUAUAUGGUUUAUAUAAGCGAGUACCCCCUCCCCCGGGAGCUCGGAGAACCCCCCGGGGGGGGUACUCCCAUACAUUACCUAUACGGGUAUGUGCCGCCCAAAGGGGUCGUGAUUUUGAAGUUCCUGACUUAGAACGGGGUAUCCAUUUCAGAGGCGUUUUCUAGAACGGGGCAUAAUAUUUCGAACGCACGAAAGCUCCACUUUUGUAAGCAGCCAUUUGAAAGUAUUCAAGGACAGAUUGCUUUUAAAAAUACGGUUCAAUGCGUUAACAAGCAAGCCGUUGUACUCUUGUUGCACCCUAGAACGGAGUAUUAAAAAUUGGCCCAUUUGUAGAACGGGGUAUCAGUUUUAGGGCGAAUUCUAGAACAGGGUGCCAAUUUGGAGACGCGGGCGGCACAUACCCACCCAAAAAAUUCCCAAGUUCCCCGGGGAGAACCUGACCCUUCUCCACACCGACCUAAAUGUUUGAAAUAUUUGACGAAUGUUUUAGUCAAUCUUUAUGUGGACUUAUUUUUAUCUUGCUAGCUGACUUCUUGUCUUUUCCAUCCACUGAAAACUUUUGCUUUGGUUAGUUUAUUUUAACAAAGCUAUAGUUCUUUUGGGGUUAAAUUGUGAACCUAUCUGUUUUCUCUCUACUUUAUCAGUCUCAAUAGCCUCGAAUCAAGGAAUCACAAAAAUUAUUUAUUGAAUGACUUUGGACAGUGUGGAGUCAAGGAAUUAGGGGGUUUCAAGGAAGCAUUUCAAGCAGUCUUUAUCAGAAAUGAGAGGUAACCAAAAUAGAAUUAACUUCGCCAAGAGGUGUAGACACAACACUUUUAUUCUUUAAAGCCAUCGUCCUAAGUUUUGUUAGGUGUUGCUACCAUUAUUAGCUAUGACACAAAAGUGAAGCUCAGUACAAUGUAUAUAGAACAACAAUACUAUUCACUAAACUAAAACAACAUUAAUUUGAACAACAAUACACAAAUAGGUAUUAACACUGUAACUCACGACUCACCUCACCGAGCGGAUCAAACAAAUAGCAUUACCGCUAACACUUGUACCUGAAUGACGACCAAUAGCACCAUGACUUAAUUGACUAUCACGUAACUGACAGAUUGUCAAAAUAUCAGUGAUUUAAUUGACUAUCACUAGACUGACAUUGCACAGUUCUCUUUCACUCCAAUGACGACUGAUGUCCACACAGGUUGGUAACAUAUCAGUGAUUUAUCACUAAACUGACAAUACACUGUUCACUUUGACUCUGAUGACGACUGAUUUCAACACAGAUUGUCAUAAUAUCAGUGACGUAAUUGACCAUCACUUAACUGGCAAUACAUUAUUGAAAUUAUACAGAUUAAUUAUGGUCAAAAGACAAUUCGUCGGGAUACAAUGUAGAGUGUCACUAAACUGACAAUACACGAUUCACUUUGACUCUGAUGAUGACUGAUUUCCACACAUAUUGUAGAAUUAUCUCUGCAUUACAGUGCAGGCACUCAAAAGUGGACACUUGGCAGGGUCAAAUAAAGCCUGAGCCAUGCACAGAUUGGUCCUCUUCACUUGUUUAGUUCUAAUUUUCCGACCAACAGCUCCAUCAUCUUUAUAGGAGAGUCCUCCCUGGGAAAAGCUCUCCACCAAUAUUCCAAGACAAGACAAUACUACCUGUGUUUUGAUAAUGAUAUUACAUUUUUCUUGGUCAGAUACUAUACUUUACGCAGUUCCUAACCUGUAUAUUUUGACUUAUGCAGCUUGUACUAUCACUAAAACCUAAUGUUUUUGUUACUAAAUUUCUAAAUAGCUGUAGAGUCCUACCGGUAACUUAUGCUUUUCAUAUUUUUUUUUUUUUUACAUUUUUUUUCACUAGACGUCGGUUGAGGUGGAUGCAAGUGAUCAUGGAAUCAAAGAACACAUGGGAUCAAUGAAAGCAAGGGGUCAAAGAUCACAGAGUGUCAAAGGAACAUCACACAAAGUGUUCAGCAAAGACAAAAGGUAGCGAGAUGAUUUACAUUUUCCAAGAGAUAAACGUAGCAACAGGCAGUAAUCCUCAUCGGGUAUUUUCUUGAUACCAUUAUUCCAUUAUUCACUUUUUUCACAUAGACCAUAAUGCACCUUGCCCCCCCCAAAAAAAAAAAAAAAAAAUGCAUAACCAUUGUCUUUGAUUUCUCUUGGGACGACUGUAAUACCGAGGAGAAAUUGGUAACUAGGGUUAUGCAAACUUUUGGAGGGAAAACAAGGUGCAAGGUGUACCCUACGUCCUAACACUGAGUACACCAACUAGACUGACUACACUGUCUAACACCGAGUACAAUGUCUAUCACCAACUAGACUGACUACACUGUUAAACACCGAGUACAAUGUCUAUAUCGACGACACUGUCUAACACUGAGUGUACUGACUAUCACCAACUACACUGACUACACUGACUGCACCGAGUGCCUUGACUACAUUGACUACACUAACACCGAGUACGCUGACUGCACUGACUACACCGAGUGCACUAUCACCUACUACACUGACUACAUCAACUUCGCCAAGGACGCCAUGUACACUGAGUACAUCACGUACACUAACUACAUCGACUAAACUGCCUAACACUGAGUACACUAACUAAACUGACCAGACUGACUCCACCAAGUACAAUGUCUACAUCGACUACACUGACUAACACCAAGUACAUUGUCUAUCACCAACUAGACUGACUACACUGACUGCACCGAGUGCAAUGACUACAUCGACUACACUGUCUAAAACCGAGUACAUUGUCUAUCACCAACUAGACUGACUACACUGACUGCACCGAGUACAAUGUCUACAUCGACUACACUGUCUAACACCGAGUACAUUGUCUAUCACCAACUAGACUGACUACACUGUCGAACACCGAGUACAAUGUCUGUGUCGAUGACACUGUCUAACACUGAGUACACUGACUAUCACCAACUACACUGACUACACUGACUUCACCGAGUGCAAUGACUACAUCGGCUACACUAACACCGAGUACACUGACUGCACUGACUACACUGACUACACUGAAUGCAAGAUCACCUACUACACUGUCUACAUCAAUUACACCAAGGACACCAUGUCCACUGACUAUAUCACGUACACUAACUACAUCGACUAAACUGCCUAACCCUAAACUGACCAGACUGACUCCACCGAGUACAAUGACUACAUCGACUACACUAACACCGAGUACACUGACUAUCACCAACUACACUUACUAUACUGACUACAUCAAAUACAUCAACUGAACUAUCUAAAACCAAGUACACUGACUACACCGAGUACACUGACUACAUACACUACACUGUCUAACACCAACUACACUGACUACACUAACUGCGUCGAACACAUCGACUAAACUGCCUUAAACACCAAGUACACUGACUGCCCUGACUUAACCCUUUAAGUCCCAAUAUCAACAUACAAAUUCUCCAAAAUGAUCUCCAUACAUUUCCUUUAAGAAUCAGUGGAGAGAAUUUAAUAACAGAUCAAGGUAUUUUCUCUUUUGUGAUCAUUUGUUAAUUCUCAUAACUGUAUCUCUUGAAAACUACUGGAUAUUGUUAGGAGAAAAUUGAUGUUGGUCACUAUCGGGACUGAAAGGGUUAACCGACUACAUAGACUACACCAACUAUAGAUACUACACUGACUACACCAAUUUCAUUCACUAGACUUACUAAACCAACUAAUUACUUCUUACACACAAAUUAAAUGGCAUAAUUUUAACUAACUCUGUGGUGCUGUAAUUUGAAACUAUUAAUGGAACAUCACGGUCCAAUUUUUGUUUUGAUGCCCAUUAUGACCUUUUUGUAUUUCUUUGUCGUCCUUCCAUAGUUUAUUACGCGAUUAUUGUUAUAACUUAGUAUGUGACUUGUUGUUGCAUGCUAACAUACUACACACGAAUGAGUGAUUACUUUCUCAAAAUGUGUCAGGUUGUUACAUCUUAGAGACUUAUUGUCGCAAAUACAUGCCCCUCUCCUUCUGUUUGAAUGCUUUUUUUAUCUAAAUGGUACCUAUUCUUUUAAAACUCGAUUACUUAAUUAUCUUUCUAAUUAGUCAUAAUUAUUUUAUUAUUUCUUACCAUAUUUGGAUUUUCUUUUUCUUCUUUAUUAUUUAAGUAGUUUCUCUUGUUUCUUCUUUUUUUUCUUACAUAAUCUAUAGUUAUAUAUUAGAUAUUCUAUUUUUAAUUGUAUUAUCUUUUAGUUUUGGAGGGCCUUUUUUAUAUGGGAAUUCAGUUUCUCCCUAUUGCUUGCCUUUACCUACUGUACUUUUAUAUAUAGUCUUUUUUUUAUGAUGAUCAUUGUUAUUAUUAGUUGGAGUAUAUUUUUGUACAGUGGUAAAAAGUAUCAUUAAACUUAAACUUAAAGAAAUGACAUGAAUAGAAAAGUAUUUAUUCAUUUUUUUUCCCUUCGAUUUCCUUGCAGAAAGGUGAGCAGAUUGAUGCAUAGAUUGUACAAUGAAUCAAGGGAGGGGCCACGCAGCGAGGAUCAAGGAACACGGAGGGAUAUCAGAGAACACUCAGGGAUAUGAAAGAACUUCACUACUCAUCAGAGUAAAAAGAAGAAUUGAUGAAGAGAGUAAAGGUAGCAAGUGUAGAUAUGUAAACUUUCUUUCUCUAAAAAAAUAGGGCAGGUAUUGAAGAAGGUCUGAAUGGAUGCAUCAUGACUGAUUGUCUCAGUGAAAGGUUAUAGCAGUU